ACAGUGUGGACACGGCUUCGCACAAAAAACAAAACUGUGGACACGGAAACAAGCUAGAGCUCAAUGAUUGUUCAGCACCCUGUAUAAAUCGGCCUCGGCUGCAGCGCCAUGCCUCCUCACGAUCAAAGAGAGUGCCCCCAAGACCUCGAUCGAGCGAAAUUCUCUUGAGUUCCGAAAGCAAUGGAGGGCAAGGUAGAAGCAGUUCUGGCGGGCAAGAAGAUGAGCAGCUUGCCGGCGGACGGCGGGGAAGAGGAGGACGCCAUGGCCACGGCGUCGUCGUCGUCGGCAUCCAUCUUCGCCUUCCUCGCUCUUCCACUGUCGGUCCUGUGUCACGUCGCCUGCCUCUGCGCCGGCUACCUGGGCCGCGACGGCGGCCUGAAACCUUCUUCUCCUGCUCCGGCGCCAUCGUCGUCGUUGUCGUCUUCCUCAACAGCUGCUGCCGCUUGUCGGCGAGGCGAGGUCGAGGCUGCUGCAUCCAUAGAAGAUUGCGCGGAGGUGGUGCUUGAGGAGGUGCGAUCACGAGGGUUCACGCCUCCAAAGCCGCGUAGCGUUCCCAGGGAAUCCAGAGUUGGCGCAGGUGGCGGAGUGCAUCAUUAGCUUCAUCUGCAAAACGGAUGCUGUUGAAGUCAAGAGUAUUCAGCCUGCGCUUAAGAUCAACAACAAUUUUCAUGUAAUUUGAAAUAAAAAAAGCAGAAAAUAUAUAUUGUUACUCCCUCCAUCCAAAAAAGAGUGUCGUGUGGGUUUGUGUCUGUCAAUUUUUUCUUAAAUUUGACUAUAAUAUAAGGAGAAUGAGACUCUACGAGGAGUA